UGGAACUUUAGUGCCAUUUGGCAGCUGGAGAAUUGAGGAUGAUUCCGUGGAGAAUCUUGUUACUGUUGGUGGUGUUGGGCGGAGUGCUCACCGAAAGACGGUUCCCAACCGGAAAGGUUACAUCGCCAAAGGCCUACCCUCGGGAUGCUGAAACGCAGCUAGAGGAAGACGAUGGAGGUUAUCGGCUUCCGAAGGAGACAGCACCAAGUCAUUAUGCAAUCCACUUGAAGACUUCAGUUCAUCGUGGAGACAUCGAGUUCCAAGGUGUCGUCGAUAUUCACCUAGAUGUGAUCGAAUCUACGGACAAGAUCGUGGUCAACAGUCGAGGCUUGGAUAUCGCAACGGGAACUCUCUACCACGUUGAAAACGGUGAAUUAGUUGAACUCGAGCAACCCAUCCAAGCUUACGAUGAGCAAACCGAGCAACUGACCUUCCAGUGUUCGUCAACUCUAGAGCUAGGCAGCUACGUACUGACCGUCGACUACACUGGACAGCUUCAGACCUCUGGCAGUGGAUUCUUCCGCAGAUUCUACCGAGAUGAGAACAACAACCGCCACUAUCUUGCGACGACCCAGUUCGAGCCGACGAGAGCCCGCAUGGCGUUCCCGUGCUACGAUGAACCGACUCUCAAGGCGACCUUCACCGUGUCCAUAACUCACCACGUGACCUACAACGCUGUUUCCAACAUGCCGCAGGAUGGUCCCGUAGUUGUGGAUUUGGAGGAUCCCGAAUUUGUGACGACCCACUUCCAGAAAACUAGCAGAAUGUCUACGUACCUGUUGGCGUUUGUAGUGUCUGACUUCGAAACCAAAGAGCUAGGGCGUCAGCUCAUCCAUGCCAGACCCAAUGCCAUUGACGAAGCCGAAUUUGGCCUCGUGGCAGGUGAUGCGAUCUUGGAUGCGCUGGGUGAGUACACGGGUGUGUCGUUCUAUGACUACAAACCAAAGCUAGCGCAGAUCGCCAUUCCGGACUGGGGCAGCGGUGCCAUGGAGAACUGGGGUUUGGUGACCUAUGGUGAACCUGCUCUGCUGUUCAACCCGAAAGUCAGUACCUACCGUACAAAGACCGGUGUAGCAACAACCGUGGCUCACGAGUUGGCCCACCAGUGGUUCGGAAAUCUGGUAACCACCGACUGGUGGAAGUACAUCUGGCUAAACGAAGGAUUCGCUAACCUCUACGGCUACUAUGGAGCUCAUCUCGCAUACCCCGAGGAGAAAUACAUGGAUCUCCAUCAGGUGCAAGCCGUCCAUUUGGCCCUGUCUCAAGAUUCCAGUGACACCACGAGACCCAUGAACUGGAAUGCAAACACUCCCGCGGAAAUUUCGGCACUGUUCGACACCGUCGCCUAUUACAAGUCUGGCAGCGUACUGAACAUGUUCCGCGCCGUCUUCGGUGAUCAAACCUGGCGAAAAGGUCUGAACACGUAUCUCCUGAACCGUCAACUUGAUGUCGCCACCGAUCAACAUCUAUACGAAGCACUACAAAGCGCGCUCUCCGGCGAGCGCUCUAUUCCCGAGACGAUGACUGUUAAGGAGAUCAUGGAAAGCUGGACAAACGCAGCGGGCUAUCCCGUUCUCAACGUCCGUCGAAACUAUCGAACCAACGAAGUCACUAUUUCUCAGGAGCGCUUCUUCUCGGACAAGAAAGUCCCGACUGAACACGUUUGGUACAUUCCUUACAACUACGCUACUCAGGGCGAUCGAGAGUUCGACCUGGAUCACUUCAACUGGCUGACAAAGAAAGCAGACCGGAUCCACGUCGACGUGAAGCCUGAACAGUGGCUGAUCUUCAAUCGGCAACAGUUCGGAUACUACCGCGUCAACUACGAUCUCCACAAUUGGGAACUGCUCACCUGGGCCCUUAUCCAUUACCCGGAAAGCAUCCACAACUACAACCGCGCUCAGCUGAUCGACGACGCCUUCAGCCUGGCUCGAGCUGGCGUUCUGGACUUCAACGUGCCCUUGCGUCUGCUAGUCUCACUGAUCAACGACGAGGACUACCUCCCAUGGGUAGCUGGCGAUAAGGUACUCCGUCAUAUCCAAGGAAAGGUGCGUGGCACCGAUCUACAAGAACGAUUCGAGUACUUCGUUCACACGCUGAUCGGAAACAUCUACGUGAAGCUGAACGUUGAGUCCGUUGAUGCCGAAGAGACGUUGAAGCACAAGUACCUGAAGCAACUGAUCUCCACGUGGGCGUGCCAAAUCGGAUAUGUGGACUGCUUGGAGAAGACGCAUUCGGCGUUGCAAGCAGCCAUCAGCGGGAGCGUAGAAGUUCACCCGGAUGUUUCAACAGUGGUCUACUGCUACGGUAUCCAGCAAGCAUCGGACGACGAAUUCUUGUGGCUGUACAACCAAAUGACCGACUCCAAAAACGAAGCCUACCGCUCGCUGGUGAUCAGUGCCCUGGGUUGUGCCAGAAGCAAGGAACAACUGAAUUCCUAUCUUUCAACGGCGAUCGGAUCCGUGUCGGAGAUCAACUACUUGGACGCCGAACGGCCCAGGGUGAUCCAGGCGGUGUAUUCGAACGAUCGCUUCGGGGUGGACGUCCUGAUCGACUAUCUGAACACGGCGGCUUUGGCGGAUGACUUCGUGAGCCGACUGGGCCAGUCGACGCUCAACGGUGCGAUCAACAAUAUUGCCUCGCGUACGAAUACGGAGGAGCAGUUCGAUCGGUUGAAGGCUCUGCUGGCAACGCUGGGAUCGCAGGUGUCGGAAGAGGUGAGCAGUGCUGCCAUGAAGACCGUGCAGGGCAACUUCGAUUGGCGCGACAGCUUGGAGGGGGUGAUCGUGGCGGAUUUCUUGGGAAUGCACGGGUUGGUUUGAUGGAUUGUUUUCGGGAAUAAAUACUGCUUGAAGUGAA